UGAGAAAGACAGAGGAUGAUAUGGAAAUGUACAAUUUGUGAAGGCCCAAACUAGGCCUCCCUUUGCACUCCUGCAGUGAGCGCGCCAAUUUCUUUUCCCAGCUCACUCCCGGACCAAGACCCUCAGCUGUCCUCCCGGGCUGCUGCGACAGCUGAAGGCUGAAGGGGUCGCGUCGAUCUUGUUGGGGCUGCACUUGGGAUCAGGGCUGCCAGUCGCAACCGCAGUCAUGUCGGGCCGCACAGUGCCACAUGCCCACCCAGCCACUGCCGAGUACGAAUUUGCCAACCCCAGCCGCCUGGGCGAGCAGCGCUUCGGAGAAGGCCUCCUGCCAGAAGAGAUCCUGACCCCCACCCUCUACCAUGGCUACUAUGUCCGGCCUCGGGCCGCCAGAGCUGGGGAGGGCAGUAGGGCAGGGGCCUCAGAGCUCAGGCUCAGCGAGGGCAAGUUCCAGGCAUUUCUGGAUGUGAGCCACUUUACCCCAGACGAGGUGACCGUGAGGACUGUGGACAACCUGCUGGAGGUGUCGGCCCGGCACCCCCAGCGUCUGGACCGCCACGGCUUCGUGUCCCGAGAGUUCUGUCGCACCUAUGUCCUGCCAGCAGAUGUGGACCCCUGGCGGGUCCGAGCUGCCCUCUCCCAUGAUGGCAUCCUUAACUUGGAGGCGCCUCGGGGUGGCCGGCAUUUGGACACGGAAGUCAAUGAGGUCUACAUCUCCCUGCUCCCUGCGCCUCCUGACCCAGAGGAAGAGGAAGAGGUAGCCAGAGCUGAGCCCUGACUGUCCGCCAUAGACCCAGCACCCAGUGAAUCCCCUGUCUACAUCCCACGGCGAUUCCAGAAGUCCACCACCCCAGAGGUAGCAGCGUCCUCGGGGGAAGGGAUAGGUGUAUGGUCCACAGUGUAUGAUUUGGUCCUUUGAUGUACCAUAGCCUUUGAUUUAGUUCUGAGUGGAGCUGAAUAAAACUAAACCUUAGGGCCUUGUU